AUGGCUCCAUCAGCAACCACCACCACUACACAGGAGCACCCAACGCUCACUCUUCGACCUGAAGGGAUCGACCGUAUCGUUAUUGACGGUAAUGACCGACGAUACGGUGACUGGAGAGAUGACCUUGUCCGUGAUGGCUAUGCCGUCAUCAAAGGUGCCAUUCCUCGAGAGCGGGCACUGAGCUAUGCUAAUCGCAUGUAUGGUCUGCUCGAGAGCUUUGGUCUAGGAUAUAACCGCAACGACCGCUCCAGCGUCCACCCCGACAAGCUUCCCGUCAUCAACGAGAAGGGUAUGCUUUUGAACUACGGUGCUGCCCAUGAAGACUUUGUCUGGAACGUUCGCGCCGAGCCUGGUGUAGUUGGUGCUUUCGAGAAGGCCCUUGGCACGGAAGAUCUGAUUGUGUCCUUUGAUGCCAUCAACUACGGCUUUUCGAACCGAGAGAACCUGCCCGCCAACAAGCCCUGGCCUCACCAAGAUCAAGAUCCCGAUAAGCCCGGCUUCCGUUGCCUCCAGGGCCUCGUGAACCUGUUGCCUAAUGGCCCUAACGAUGGCGGUCUUAUCGUCGCUAAGGGUGGUCACCUGUUGAGCAAGCAAUUUCACGAUGACAUUCGUGGCACUGAAGACCGUAUUCCUGCCUGGACCCCAGAGUGGUAUGGAUUCACAGACAAGGGCAUGAAGUGGCUUGAGGAUCACGGUUGUGAGUGGUACAAGGUCGAGGCUGACCCCGGUGACCUGAUUGUCUGGGACUCACGAACUCCUCACUAUAACGUACCUGUGAAGGGUACUCAGGACCGAUUUGCCAUCUACACUUGCUUCAUGCCUGUGACUGAAGCAACACAGGAGGAUCUCAUCCGCAAGAAGGACGCUUUCGAGCGCAGAGUCGGUACCACACACUGGCCCAACGCCCGCCACAUCGGAUCCAAUGAGGCCAAGAGAAAUGGCAAGCCCGAUCAUGCUGUCCGCGACAGACCUCUUCACGAGCCCCAACUCAAUGAGCGGGCAUUCAAGUUGACAGGUAUUCCUUACAUCAAGGCUGAGGCUAGCUAG